CAGUGCUUUUCUUUGAAAAAUAAAGUCAUUUCUAAGUGAUCCCAAACUUUUGAACGGUAGUGUAUAACAAGCGCCGACAUUACAAUGCUUUCUCCAAGAAACUCUAUGAAAUAAUUGGGAAGUGAUUCACGUUCAGUAAUCCAUGUAGCUCGUCUCAAAGACAGUGAACCCAGUUGCCUCAUGGCACAGCGGUGACACACACCGCUCUCAGUCAUCAGCACCCUGGUUUCCUAAGUGAUGCCGCUCCUGAGGGAGAGCAGCUGAUUGGCUCGCAGAGCCUCGGAGCUUUCGGCCGUCUGUGUGUGCGUGUGUGUGUCUCUCUGUUUUCGGUAAUGAUCGACCAAUUAGUCAAACAAUGGCAACAGUCACCUAAUCACCUCAUCAUGUGUCGGCUCUGCACAGGGUGAAAAGCCAUCACUGCCUGCGUAUUUUUUGGGGCGUGUGUGCGUCUGUGUGUGGCUUUUCGGUGCACCGCCACCAUAUCACAAAAUGUUUCAGACAACGCAGCAUCGUGCAGUUCCUCUUGUGGCUGCUUCACUCACCACAGCAACCGGCUGCUGUGUGACAGGCCAGGUGAGGAAGCGUGGCAGACAGUCCCAACCGCCCCCUGUCCCCUGACUGUAACCUGCCAUACGCACCAUCAACAGAGCAACUCUCUUCUGCUGCCACAGUGUCACCCAGGAGAAGUCACGCUCAGCGCCGGCAGAGAGAGAGUAAACGAGUGACAUGAGUGUCUGUCCACACCUGCAGGUCUGAGGAUGACGGGCCAGGCGGCGGAGAGAGAGCGGUCGCCACACAGCCUGUCGGUGAAGACCACCUUGGAGGAGGAGAUCGGCAGCGACAGCAUUCGGAGCAGGGUGCCAUCUGUGUGUGAUGACACUUCCUCGGAGCUGCAGAGAGUCGCUGCUCUCGACCCUCAUGGACGCGAUUCCAGAAAUUCAUUUCAAAGGGUCAGAGCCCUCUCAAGGCUGGUGAGUCUGGUGGUGAGACUGAGGGAAUGGGCUCACCGGAGCCUGCUGGAGGAGGAGGAGCGGCCGGACUCCUUCCUGGAGCGCUUUCGUGGCCCUGAGCUGCGAAAGGCCCCCAGCCGCAUCAGCAACACGCAACCAGAUGCCGAUGGCAAUGCCAAAGGAAUCUUUAGGAAAAAGUGGAAAUUGUUUGUGGUGUCCCCAUCCGAUAACGCCUACUACCGCUGGUUAUCUGUUAUCGCCACAGCGGUGCUCUACAACUGGUUCCUGGUUGUCGCGAGGUCAUGCUUUGAAAAGCUACAAGUGGGCAAUUACGUCUGCUGGCUGGUGUUGGACUACCUCUCUGACUUUGUGUACAUCAUUGACACUUGUGUCCGUCUUCGCACAGGGUUCUUGGAACAAGGUUUGCUGGUGAAGGACCACGCCAAGCUCAGAGACAGCUACGUCCGAACGUUGCAGUUCAAGCUGGACGUCGUGUCCAUCCUGCCCACGGACCUGGUGUACAUCUCCACCGGCAUCCACACGCCACAGCUCAGGUUUAACCGCCUGCUUCGAUUUCCACGCAUGUUUGAAUUCUUUGACCGCACAGAGACACGCACCAACUACCCCAACAUCUUCCGGAUCGGCAACCUGGUGCUUUACAUCCUGGUCAUCAUUCACUGGAACGCCUGCAUCUACUACGCGAUAUCCAGCUCUCUGGGAUUUGGCUCGGACACUUGGGUGUUCCCAAACAUCUCCAAACCCGAGUAUUCCUCCUUGACUCGGAGUUACGUCUACUGUCUGUACUGGUCCACUCUUACUCUCACCACGAUUGGCGAGAUGCCUGCACCCGUGCGGGACGAGGAGUACCUGUUUGUGGUCUUCGACUUCCUCGUUGGGGUUCUUAUCUUUGCCACGAUUGUGGGAAAUGUUGGCUCCAUGAUUUCCAACAUGAACGCCACCCGGGCCGAGUUUCAAGCUCGGAUCGAUGCCAUCAAACACUACAUGCACUUCCGCAAAGUCAGCAAGGAACUGGAGACGCGCGUCAUUAAAUGGUUCGACUAUCUCUGGACCAACAAGAAAGCCGUAGACGAGAAGGAGGUGCUAAAGAAUUUGCCAAACAAACUGCGGGCUGAGAUUGCAAUUAACGUACACCUGGAGACUCUGAAGAAAGUACGCAUUUUUCAAGACUGUGAGGCCGGCCUGCUGGUGGAGCUCGUGCUCAAACUCCACCCCCAGGUCUUCAGUCCGGGGGACUACAUCUGCAGAAAGGGGGACAUAGGGAAGGAGAUGUACAUCAUUAAAGAGGGGAAGCUGGCUGUGGUGGCUGAAGACGGGGUCACACAGUACGCUCUCCUCACCACCGGCAGCUGCUUCGGGGAAAUCAGCAUCCUGAACAUAAAAGGGAGCAAAAUGGGAAACCGCCGGACAGCCAACAUUCGCAGCUUGGGUUACUCGGAUCUCUUCUGCCUCUCGAAGGACGACUUGAUGGAAGCGGUGACCGAGUACCCGAACGCUAAGAGUGUGCUGGUGGAGAGGGGCCGGGAGAUCCUGCUGAAGGAGGGCCUGCUCGAUGAGAACGCAGAGAGCGGCGGGCUGCAGAAAGAGGACACGGAGGAGAAGGUGGAGAGGCUGGAGUCGUCCCUGGACACCCUUCAGACUCGCUUUGCCCGCCUGCUGAGCGAGUACAAACACACUCAGCAGCGGCUGAAGCAGCGCAUCGCUCUGCUGGAGCGGCAACAGAAUCACACGGACUGCGGCGCGGCCGCGAGCGAUGACAUGGGGCCGGAGGAGGUCAAUGGAGCCGCCCCCGGGCCUCCAGAUGGGGCUCACGCAACAGAGUGAUGUGCAAAUGGAGGACACCAAGAGCCCAGCAAAGCUGUCACACUCGGGAGAUUUUAGA